AAAGGUUUCGCGAUGGCGGAAACUGAGGUGGGUAAAUGGCUGCAGCGCGACGUGAAUUGCUUGUCCGAUCCGCAGCGCAUGGUGCGCAAGAAGUCGUUGGAGAAGCUUAGUCAAGUGAGCGACCUAGUGGCCAAGUUUGGCCAGGACCAUCUUCUUCAGUUCUUCCACGCGCAGCUCAUAAAGCCAUUGCUUGUGUGCGUCGCUGAUCCCGUGGAGAAGUGCCGCGAAUUGAGUCUACGCGGCAGCAUUGACUUUGCCAAGUUGGGUGCAUUCAACAGCGAAGAGCGUGUGCGUGCAUUGAUCCUUGCAAUCUACGGUCGUGUGGGCAAAGCUCCAUUCGUGGAAACGGCCGAGGAAAUCCGGCUCCUGCUCCUGGAACUACUCCAUGCGGUUUUGCAGCGGACGCCCACAGAGCAGUCUCUGCCCGCCGAAGUGAUGGAUGUGCUAGGCAAGACAGCGUCCGAUCCGUUCCCAGACGCGAAGAAAGCAUGCUGCGACGCCACGCUCGUGCUGGCGCACAAGUGGAAAUCGCUGGUGAAGCUGCAUCUGGGCACCGUCGUCAAGCCAUUGACCAUGAACCUUGGCCACCAGCAUGCCAAGAUUCGGCAGUGCACUUUGCAGGCGUUGGAAGCAGUGGUGCCAUGUGGUUCGUCGUCUCUGCCAGAGCUCAUGAAGGACAUUUUGCUUCCCAACCUGAGCAAAGUUCUCUUUGAUCGAUCUCCGUCCGUUCGCAAGCAACUGGUGCAAACGACAGGCUCGUGGCUCGAACACAUUGACGAACUUCGGCAGUUUGAAGCGGCGUUGCUGCCGCUGUUUCUGUCGGGCAUCGCAGACGAGUCCCCCGACGUGCAGUCGUUUUGCUUGACGUUUCUCGACAAGCUCAGUGUCAAGUGGCAACAGACUGAGGAAGGGGCUGCCGACAUGGACAUCACCGACGAUGAUGCAUCGGCGUACGUCGAGUCGCCGCCGUUCCUCCGUCGACCCGGUCGCGGCGCCAUUCGCCUUGUCCAACGACUCUUGGGCACCGUGUUGCCUUCGCUGCUGGAUCAGUGUUCCGACUGGACGGCUCUGACACGUCAAAAAGCGGCCAGCAUUCUCCGUGUGGUACUGAUUCUUGCCGAAGACGCCGUGAACGCGCACGUGGACAAGAUCUUGACGGCGCUGGCUAAGUCCUGUCGGGACGAAGAAGCUUCCGUCGUCGAAGCGGUUGCCGGGAGCAUGCAGAUUGUGGGCCGCCACGGCCACGCCGACUUGGUCUUCUCACUCCUCUUGCCGUUGGCGGCGGGGCGACUGGCCGGCCAAGACACGCCGCAUCACCGAACCAACGGCCUCGUGCUGUUGUCCAUGGCGAUUGCAGGCAUGGAAGCCCCUCGGAUUCUACCCCACAUGGAGACGAUCACGGCAACACUGUCGGAAGCUGGCUUGCGUGACACGGACGUGCCUGAAAUGCAGCAAUACCUGGCCAAGUUGACGUCGACGAUUGUCACGACGGGCAGUCCGCUGUUUGCGAGUCAUGACGUACUGGCGUUUCGCUUGUUUUGGGUGCUCAACCACCUCGUGGCGGCCACACCCCAAGACUCUGUGGCGUUUUACACCGCAUACGAAGCGAUGCAGAAUCUGGCCACCGCGGCAUGCAAUGUCGACAUUGAGGGUCUGUAUCGAAAGCACCUGAAUCAACUCAUCGCUGCCAUUCGACCCAAGCCUGACGCUCCCGUGUGGACAAAAACGUCGUCCAGCCGCGUCUUGUUUGAUUCGCUGUGUCGUCGCGGCGGCCGGGCGACAGCAGACCAAAUGCACGUCGUGGUGCCGAUUGUGUUGGCGCACUUGGCACCGUCAAACGAGCCGGACGUGCGCUUGUCGUUCUUGGCGUUGCUCGAGACGUUGCUGGGGAAUGACUUGAUGGCCCAGGCGUUCCAGCCGUUUGCAGCGUCGUUGCUGGUCAAAGGUAUCACGCCCAACAUUGUGUGGCAAUCAGGCAAAGUAGCAGCCACCGUUCGCAAAGUCGCCAUGGCAUGCACGUACACAUUGUUGCGCCAAGGGCUGGCCAACCAACCAGCUUUGUUUGAAGCGGCGCCGCAAAUGUUGCCUGUUCUCAAGUCGUGCUUGGAUGACACCGACGCCAAGACACGGCAGCUCGUGUGUUUGUCAUUGCAGCAUCUGUUUGUGGCGUUACCCAAUGCGCUGGGAGAGGAGCCGGUGAGCCAGCUCUACCAUGAGAUCUUGAAGCGGCUAGACGACUCCAACGACCUCGUGCGCAAGGCAGCGUGUGCCACGUACAUUACGUUCCUCCGCGCGGCGCCGCGCAGUCAUUUCCGCGGCACAAUCAUCGAGUACUCGAUGGACGCGCUGUUUGUGCACUUGGACGACUCGGACCCAGACGUCCAGGCGGCGGUGUACCAAGUGCUCAAGGAAACAUUUGCGGUGGAUCCAGACAUGCUGACCAAGAAAGCAACCGACCACCGAUCUCGCCAUCGAUCGCCUUAUUACUGCGAUAAACUGCUCGAGCUUUAACCAACCAACCAACGCCAACAAGCAUCUCGUCGUCGCGACCAAGCAGUAGCAGCAGCAACUGCAAAGUGCCACAUAUAAUGAAUGUCAAGGUGAUAUUACAC